AAUAAAUCACAUUUUAAACUUUAAUGAAAUAAUAUUUUCAUAAAAUAUAAAAAUCCAAUUUCAUAAAGUUUUUAAAAUUUUAUCACUAACCUGAUUUAUCCCUAGAUUAAUUGGUAACCGUUGAUAAUUUAUAAAUUAUAAAAUUCCUAAAAUUGUAAAUCCAACAAUAAAAUAAAGAUAAAGAUAAAGAUAAAAAAUGGUAGAGAAGGAGAUGAAGAAGCGUGAAUUGAGAUCAGGAGUCUCAGUGGGUCUUCUUAAGGGACAUACGGUGACUCCGCUUCCGCUCACAAGUUCGGUGAGACCAAGUAGAAGAAAAGGCCUUAAGACUAACCGUUCAGCUCUUGUGUCUGAGGUGAUUCGUGAGGUUUGCGGAUUCGCGCCUUAUGAGAGGAACUUGAUUGAAUUGGUUAAAAUCGGCUCAGCUUCCACGAGUAAAAGAGCGUUUAAAUUCGCUAAGAGGCGCCUGGGAACACAUAGACGUGCAAAAGCUAAAAUGAACGAAGUCGCAAACAUCGUUGAACAACAACGUAAACGACGUGCCUAA